GAGGUUGAUGUCACUGGCAGAGGGAGUCUUCAGGACAGGACGCUCAGGCAGGAGCAACCCGGAGCCUCCGCGAGGAAAAGUGUGCCAUGGUGCAGCGGGAUCACUGCGGGCAGUAACGACUGUAACUGUCGUUACAGCCCCCGGGGUUCGAGGGUAUUUCCAAGCUGAGAGGUUGAGGUGGCUCCAUAACCGCAUUUCUUUUCAGCUCACUUCUAAAAGGAAUACAAAAAUGUCGUCUCCAAGUCCGGGCAAGAGGAGAAUGGAUACCGACGUGGUGAAACUCAUCGAGAGCAAACACGAGGUCACCAUCCUCAGCGGACUCAAUGAGUUCGUGGUCAAGUUCCACGGCCCACCUGGAACGCCAUAUGAAGGAGGCGUGUGGAAGGUCCGAGUCGACCUCCCAGAUAAAUACCCCUUCAAAUCACCAUCAAUAGGGUUCAUGAAUAAAAUCUUUCAUCCCAACAUUGAUGAAGCGUCAGGAACCGUGUGUUUAGAUGUCAUAAACCAGACGUGGACUGCUCUCUACGACCUCACCAACAUCUUCGAGUCGUUCCUCCCUCAGCUGCUGGCCUACCCGAACCCCAUCGACCCCCUGAACGGGGACGCGGCCGCCAUGUACCUGCAUCGACCGGAGGAUUACAAACACAAGAUCAAAGAGUACAUCCAGAAAUACGCCACAGAGGAGGCUCUAAAGGAGCAGGAGGAGGGAGGAGGGGACUCCUCCUCGGAGAGCUCCAUGUCGGACUUUUCGGAGGACGAGGCUCAGGACAUGGAGUUGUAGUGAAGGCGCCGCCGCCGCCGCCUCGCAGCAGACUGUCGUUUCCUAAAGAGCAGAAACUCAGUACUAUAUUCAUAUUUAAACGAGACAAUUUUUUACAGCAACACAAGGAUUUUUAUUGCCACACCAGGAUUUGCAGUAUGAUAUUGCAGAAUAUUGAAACUGUCGAUUCGGAUUUCAUCACCACUGUCCCUCCUCCACCUCCUCGUCAUCAUGAGGCCGGAGCCGAGCGCUUCGUUCACGUCUGAGAUCUUCUGCGGCUUCCAGCCGAGUUUCUACACCGAGGAGCGCGACCGACGCGGGAGGAUGGUCACGACUCGACUCGACCUCGACACAGCUUCUGCCGGAACGCCGGCAACGUUUCCAGGUUUCAUCCUCUUCAGGCUUUCCUCCCCUCGCCGACAGACGGCGGCAGGAUGACAAUCCGUGAUUUCUGUGCGGCCUCCAGGAGUUUCCUUCGCCUCCGAGGAGCGGAAGACCUGAAGGCCGAGGAGAGCGGACUCCUGCAGACGCCACACACACACACACACACACACACACACACACACACACACAAAAACAAACGACUACACACCACCCCUGUCAAGUCACGCAAGCGUGAGAGUGUGUACAUAAGAGAGUGCACGUGAAUGUAAUCCAUUGAAAUCCUGUGUCGUUCUUGCCUCCCGAUGCUCAGUAAGAAUCAGCAGAGAAGACCACCCUCUCUCUGACACCCGUCUCCUCUUCCUCCUCUUCCUCCUCCUCCUCCUCUCCGUUUUAGGAAAGUGUUUGUCAUUCUCUGAGUAUCUCUGUAUAUUGUGGCAUGACACAGAAGUGAAGUGUGUGUAGGGCUUUGUGGAGCUGUAUCGCUGUAGACAUGAGGAGGACGCCUCUGUGAGUCAGGCUGGGGUUUGGUGGAGAUUAAUCCAGGUCCUUGUUCAAUUCUUAUCUCCGCCUAUUGCUUGUGUUGAACUAUAAUAGGUGUUUGACUUACGUAGGGAUAGUUUUUUUUUUUUUUUUCAUUUUUCUUUUUUUUUUUUUGCAGACGGUGGAUCCUCUGAUGAUGUAUGGUUUAAUACUUAAUAUGAUACUCUAGUUUGAAAAAAAAUGUACUCGUCCUGUAAAGAUGAGGACUACACAUCUUUUAUCUGCGGGAUGGCUUAUCGUUGAAGCAAAUCCUCCAAAGACAUGCUGCACCCGUCUUGUCAUGCGCGUCCGGCAGAAGCUCAGACAGACGCUCUCUGUGUUUCAGCACACUCACACUCUCUUUGUUGGUGAUGGACUGUUGUUUUUCGAUGCGAUGGGACCAAAAAAAACAAAACAAAAACUGAUGGAUCUGCAGGCGUUUUAGUUUCAAUCCCCUCCCCCUCCCAGAAAAGAGGACUGGAUUGGUUGAAGAGUUUACAUUUAAGUUGUGGAGAAACAUCACAAAACGCUCUCUCAAAGGGUCAAACUCGGUUCAAACGCGGAGUCAGGCACAAGUUUCUCCUUGGACGAGGUGUUACAGCGCCGUGACAGUGGACCAUGCUGCACUGGUUUACAUGUUUGUAACAUGCUGUCACUGCAUCGCAAAUGUGCUUUUCUACAGGGAACUACAGUUCCCAUCUUUUUCUUGUUCGGUGAGAAAUUCAUCUUAAUCAGGCCUUGAAUUCACGAUCGAUCACAUGACAGUUUUUCUUGGGUGGCAUUGUGCAGGAGGAUCUUAACUUUCAUCUAAACAUUGAUGUAGGUCAACAGAGAUAGUCUUCAUAGUUCGUUUUGACAUGGUUUUGUUUGUACAUGUCAAAUAACCAGUUGAACUGACUCUAAUUAGCCUUGGUAACCAAAUAUUUUUUUGAUUUAACUCUGAAGGGAGCACAAUGACAGUUUAUUUUUUUUGUUUGUUUGUUUUGGAAACAAAAACAGACUGCUGUCCUUUCACUUCAUCUGGAUCCAUUGUUGUUGUAUUAUGCAUUUUUUUUAUUAACAAAACAUAUAUUUGAUGCCUAUGAUUUGUUUUGAUGACCUUAUUUUUUAUCUUUUAAGCCCUAAUGUCCCGGAUGCAGAUCAAAAUAUCCCUGAUUUUUAAAAAAAGCAAAAAAUGAAUAAAUGUGCUUCCCUUGUAACAUGAAAAAACAAUAAACAACAGCAACAAAAAUGCUGCAAGCUUG